AGACACGGCAACUAUGCGAUAUGGUUACAAUCUACAAUCAAUCGGCAUCAAAAAACAAUCAGACGAAAAAGGGAGAAGCGACAUCAUCAACAGUUUAUCACAGAUCAUAUCAGGCCAUAUUAUCAUCACAGACGAAAGCCAUGACGACAAGACUGGACAAGCAACAACAUCAGAAUGA